CCAGAUUUCGUUAAUAUUCCCAGCGAAAAACGAUUAAAGCAAAGAUUGAAAAAUUCCCGGUUUAUGUAUAUAACAUUUUAUUUCAGUUCUUGAUUAAUUGUACUGCGGGACAGUUAAAAGAUUUUUGAAAUAAAAGUAACAAUCGUAAAAUAAAUAAACACAAAUAUGGUUCAUGAAACAAAACAAACGUCUGGCAAAGAAAAACAUCAUGGUCAUGGAGAUGAUGAGAUAGCGUUGGCCGACGACGAGAUCGAAGAAAUUGAAAUAUCGCAAAAGAAAACAAUGUAUGAUCGCAUUACCGAUGUGAUGGAAAAAUUUGCCAGCACACGCGUGGGUCAAAUGAUGAUUGAGAAAACUGAUCGUGUGCUGAAAGUGGUAGAGGAUACUGCCAAAUGGAGUUUGCCACAAGAUGACAAUGAAAUAAAACUUGAACGUCCUUUGCCCUGGAUAUUUUUCCUCACUUUAAUUGUUUGGUUGCGUGUCUUCCGCAUUUGGCUAUCGGUGGCCUCUUAUAUUGUGGGCGCUCAACCGGUUACCCCACACACCAUUGUCUAUUAUAUGCAAACCAAACGUCGCCGUUUAAGAGCCAUACGAGUUCAAGGCCUAAAAUCGAUAAGAAGCCGAGAGAUUGAAACAACCGUUAUGUAUAGUUCGAAUAAAAAUGUUACAUUUAUGGGCAAAUUGCGAAAACUUUUCGAUAGUGCCAUUUGUAAGCCCGGCCAACAUCGCGAAGUACCAGCUCGUCGUAUAUUUGCUCAAGAUGGCAAGAGUAGCAAAGAACCGGCCACCGAGCGUUCUAGCAAAAGACCUCGUGAUGAAGAAGUCGAUCAAAAUCUAACUGUAGACGAAAUGUUAGAGAAAUAUGCUAAUGAAGAUUCCGAUAAUGAUUCCGAUUAUGUACCCAAGGAAGAUGAAGAGAAUGAUGACAGUUCUACUUCUAAUACAUCCGCAACCAGUGAUGAGGAGGCGGAAAAGUUGAAGGAAGAGCAAACCGAUGAUACCAACAAGGGCAACAACAAAUCUCAAAGUGAUGAUAAAUCCAAGGAACACAAAAAGGAUGAAAUCAAAGAGAAUGGCGGAGUUAAACAUCGUCCAAAACCCAAACCCCUAGAAGAAACUAAAACUGAGUCCCAAGCUGCAGCUGACAGUGACAAUGAUCAAAUACACACUCCCAAAGAUACCACCAGCACAAAUGGCUCUUCGGAAGACAGACAGAACAGUGAAACGCCAGCAGCGACAGCAGAAGUCGCACCACAUCACACUGCCAUGAAUACACCUAAGACAUCACAAAGUCAUUUGGCCGCCCCUCAGGAUAACAAACAAAAAUCUACUCCAGGUCAUGAAUCGGCUGCUUCUUUGAAACCCCAAAUAGUUACUGCAACUAAAGCAGUACCCUUAAUCCCACACCCAGAAAAAGUCGAAAACAAAUCUUAUCGUACCAUAACCACACAAACUGCUAUAGAAUUAGAUUGGACUAUAACUAUCAAAACUGAAAUAACCCACACGAAACACUAUCCGAAAUUGGAAAACAUAGAUUGCUCGGUGAACUUAGCACCGACCACAUCUAGCCAUACGAAAGACUAUCCUAAAUUGGACAAAUUGGAUUGUUCGGUGAAUUUAACACCAGCCUCAUCUACGGAAGAUAUAUUCUAUAGCCCAGUUGGCUCCCCUCAAGAUUUCCAUUCCAUAUUCCAUCCCGCUCCUAUUGUUAAAGAUGCCACUGGUGCAGAUUUUCCUUUCAGCCCAAACUUCCACGCCAAAAGAAGCUGAUCGUCAUGAAAGCUCCAGUGGUGAGACCCCUGAAACUGUAAACGCUCCCAAUCAGAAGAAAAAUUUAAAUCAUCCAACUCAUAAUAAGCAUCAUCACCAUCAUCAUAAUGCCAAGAAUCGUAAUAAAAAUCGUCGUUGAGUUGUAUUAAAGAAAACUUUAUUGCUACGUUUUCUUAAUUUAA